GUUAUUUUUAUUUCAUUCGUGAUAAGCAAAUGAUAAGGAUAACCUGUUGAAUAUUGAUAACCUUUGCAGAAAAAUCCUAAUAAAUAUAAUUCUUCUGAAUAUCCUUCUGUAUGUAGAACUCCUCAAUCUGUAAACACUGUGAUCCCACAAACUCCAAGGUUAGGUAAUAUACAAUUUUACAAAAUGUCUUGGAAAAUAUUCUUGGGGAAUAUAGUAACGUCUUCUAAAAUUAACGAGUUGAACGCAUUUUCUGGUUAUGUGGUCGUGAAAGAUGGACAGAUAAACGGAGUUGGAAAACUAGUAGACUUGGAGCAAAAGUAUAAGGACUUUGAUACUGAGUGUGAAGUAAUACACUUGUUGCCUCAUCAAUUCUUAAUGCCCGGAUUCGUGGACUGUCACACACAUGCUCCGCAGUUCCCCAACAUCGGCCUGGGCUUGGAUCUGCCGCUGCUGCAGUGGCUAGACAAGUACACAUUCCCGUUAGAGAAAAAGUAUGAGGAUACACAAUUUGCUGCUCAAGUCUAUGAUAAAGUUGUUAGGAGGUUACUCGACAAUGGCACUACAACAGCAUGUUACUUUGGCUCCCUCCACUCUGAAGGCACGGUGGAGCUUGCCAAAAGUGCUCUCAAACACAAGCAAAGGGCGUUCAUCGGUAAAGUCAGCAUGGAUGUCAAAAACGAUACCGGAUAUUAUAAUAACACGCAAGACGAGCUGAUACAAGUGAAAAUGUUCAUUGAGAAGAUUAAAUCAUUUCAGAAUGAUUUAGUCAAACCUAUAAUAACGCCGAGAUUCGCGCUCAGCUGCGGCGGUGAACUCAUGAAAGGACUUGCUGAGCUAGCUCAUCAAUACAUGUGUCCAAUACAGACGCACGUGUCAGAGAACCAGAAAGAGAUAGAAGCGGUACUCGCGAUGUUCCCCGACUGCAGCUCCUACUCUGAAGUCUACGACCGCUGCGACAUCCUCAAACAUCGGUGCAUCCUAGCUCACGGGGUCUGGCUGAGCGACGCAGAGUUGGCGCUGCUGGUGUCGCGGCGCGCGGCGGUGGCGCACUGCCCCGCCUCCAACACGCGCCUGCGCUCCGGCCUGUGCCCCGUGCGCCGCCUGCUGGAUCACGGCGUCACCGUCGGCCUGGGCACCGACGUAUCGGGCGGUGACAGCGCGAGCAUUCUGGACGCGAUGCGGCGCGCCAUGGACGUGUCCACCCAUCUCGAGAUGUUGACCGCUGGAGAGCGCGCGCUCGACUGGAGAGAAGUCUUCUACUUGGCGACGCGAGGUGGCGCUGAAGCACUAUCCAUGGACAGCAACGGUUCUUUUGAAAGUUCUUUCGACUUCGACGCUCUCGUGGUAGACGUAUACACAGACGGACAGGUGGACAAAUUCGACUAUCCCCCCGCGUCGGGCGAGGAAUACAUACUACAACUACUACAGAAGUUCAUAUACGUUGGCGACGACAGAAACAUAGUACAUGUGUACGUAAAAGGAGAAAAAGUAAAAGAUGUUAACCACCUUGAGAAAAAAGUUGCGACUUUGCAAAGUGUUAUCAAAAAUCUCACCGGUCGGUAAAAACCCAUAAAGUUAAUAUACCUAGCGGAAUAGAGAAACAAUCCCGAACUGUCAAACGAAACCAAAAUUGAAUUACAAUCUGUGUGUACAAAUCUGUUUACGUGCGUGAAAACGAUGUUCCUACAUACAUUUUUUUUAGAGCUCAAAUUG